CCAACCAUGAAAUAGCUUUGCUCCCGUGAGAGCUGAGACGUCAGCGUCUUGAUCUGACGGAAACGUUUUUUGCUCUCUCGGCAUCGAUCGAACAACCUUGUCCCGUUCAUAAAGCACCAGAACCCGCGGAAGACGCUGGCAUCAUUUUUCAUCUGGUGCGUCACGUGAUGCUGCCUGACCGGAAAUAUUCGAGGUGGAGAACAUCAACAAUCUGCUGAUCAGCAUCUUGGAGAGACCUGGUCCCUGCUCUCCUCCUCUCGGUCCUGUCUGCAGUCCGUGGCCCGGUUGGUCUCCGGACCCGCGUCUUCGUCACUCCACGAACAGGUCGCGUCCUUAUGGUGCAGAAGUCCCGGAACGGCGGGGUCUUCCCCGGUGAGCAGACGGACCCUAAGAAGCUGAAGGUCGGAUUUGUGGGUCUGGAGGCCGGAGGGACGGAGUCCAGCCGGGACGGAGCUCUCCUCAUAGCCGGCGGGGAUGAGGGUCCUCGUCGUCAACGCAACAGCGUCUCCAGCGGGAAGAGGCCUCCGAAGAGAAACGCUUUCUACCGACGGCUGCAGAACUUCCUGUACAACGUCCUCGAGAGACCUCGAGGAUGGGCCUUCAUCUACCACGCCUACGUGUUUCUACUGGUCUUCUCCUGCCUGGUUCUGUCCGUGUUCUCCACCAUCAAAGAGUACGAGAAGAAUUCAGAGGAUGCUCUCUACAUCCUGGAAGUGGUCACCAUUGUGGUGUUCGGGGUAGAGUACAUGGUUCGGAUCUGGGCUGCGGGCUGCUGCUGUAGGUACAGAGGUUGGCGAGGACGACUCAAGUUUGCCAGGAAACCCUUCUGUGUCAUCGACAUCAUGGUUCUCAUCGCCUCCAUCUCCGUGCUGGCUGCCGGGACUCAGGGAAACGUCUUCGCCACCUCCGCCAUCCGUUCGCUUCGGUUCCUGCAGAUUCUCCGUAUGAUCAGGAUGGACCGACGGGGAGGGACCUGGAAGCUGCUGGGGUCUGUGGUGUACGCCCACAGCAAGGAGCUGAUCACUGCCUGGUACAUUGGUUUCCUGUGUUUGAUUCUGGCCAGUUUCUUGGUCUACCUGGCAGAGAAGGAGGACAAUGACCAGUUUGAGACCUAUGCUGACGCCUUGUGGUGGGGACUGAUCACCCUCACCACGAUCGGAUACGGAGAUAAGUUCCCGAUUACAUGGAACGGUCGACUCCUGGCUGCGACCUUCACUCUCAUAGGAGUUUCCUUCUUCGCCCUCCCGGCUGGGAUCCUGGGAUCUGGUUUUGCCUUGAAGGUCCAGGAGCAGCACCGACAGAAACACUUUGAGAAGAGACGGAACCCCGCUGCUGGACUUAUCCAGGCAGCCUGGCGCGUCUACGCCACCAACCUGAGUCGCAGCGAUCUCACCUCCACCUGGGACUAUUACGAGAGGACAGUGUCUGCCCCGAUGUACAGGUUAAUACCUCCUCUCAACCAGCUGGACCUUCUGAGGAACCUCAAGAACAAGUCCGGACUCUCGUUCAGGAAGGACGUGCAGCCAGAACCGUCUCCAAGCCAAAAGGUCAGUCUGAAGGAACGAGUCUUUUCAUCCCCGCGGGGCUCCUGCACUAAAGGAAAAGGCUCCCCUCAACAUGGUGAGUGUGGCUGUCUACUCAUUGGUCCAGCAGAUGAACAUGACCACCUUGGUGUCCCACCUUCUGUAGUCAGCAGUGGCGUUUCUGUUGGACCUGGGGUCAGUCCUGGAUUGCCUCAAGGUCCCGGUGGGGUCCAGGCAGUGCGACGCUCGCCGAGCAUCGAGCCCAGUCAGGAGGAGAGUCCCAGCAAGGUUCCGAAGAGCUGGAGCUUUGGAGAUCGCAGUAGGACCAGACAGGCCUUCAGGAUCCGGGGGGCUGCCUCCAGACAGAACUCCGAAGUGCUGAUAGAGAUGCAGGAUGAAGAUUUCAGACAGAAAGGUUCCCCAGACGCCAGCCUGCCGGGUGAAGACUUGGCCGACGACAAAAGCUGCCACUGCGAGUUUGUGCCUCAGGAUCUGACGCCGGGGUUGAAGGUCACCAUCAGAGCUGUGUGCAUCAUGAGGUUCAUGGUAUCGAAGAGGAAGUUCAAGGAGAGCCUCCGUCCGUACGACGUCAUGGAUGUGAUAGAGCAGUACUCCGCAGGUCAUCUGGACAUGCUCGCCCGCAUCAAAAACCUUCAGUCCAGGGUGGACCAGAUUGUAGGAAGAGGAAUCACGAUCACAGAUAAGGAUCGUCCCAAAGCAGCGAACGAGGAGCUUCCAGAGGACCCGAGCAUGAUGGGACGCCUGGGGAAGGUGGAGAAACAGGUUCUGUCCAUGGAGAGGAAGCUGGACUUCCUGGUGAACAUCUACAUCCAGAGGAUGGGGAUUCCUCAGGCCGAGACUGACGCUUAUUUUGGAACCAAAGAACCUGACCCGGCACCACCUUACCACAGUCCCGUGGAUCAGCUUGAAAAGAGUCACUCAAGCCACAAAAUCCAUCAAGUGCAGCCUGGGGACCACACGGAGAAGAGUGGUCUGGAGAUGAAGAUGGUCCGCUCCAGCAGUUCCACCGGACACAGGAACUACAGCGUCCCCAGCUGUCCUCCCUCCACCUCAUGGCAGCCAAUCAGCUCCCAGCCACCCCAGCAAGCUCUGCCUUGCUCUCACCAUAGCAACACUCCAAGUCCAGUGGGAGACGGCUCGCUAGUUCGCCUUCCGCCACCCCCGCCGGGUGAGCGCCAGGGUGGGAACCGGUCUCAUCGACACACUGCCGUGGACCGUGGAGGAGCGGAGAAGCAGAAGGAAGCUGGGUACGAGCUGGUGAAGGACGAGAGUGAAGCCUCAUUACCCUCAGUGGACCAUGAGGAGCUCCAGCACUCCUUCAGUGGACUGUCCGUCUCACAGUCCAGAGAGACACUGGACUUCUUCAACAAUGGCUUCCACUCCACCCCCACCUCGGUGGGAGACCCGCAAAGACGGGGAAGUGCCGCCCGCUGCUCCACCGUCCAGCCCCACAUUGCGGAGGGUGAGUCUGACACGGACUCUGACAUGUGUGUCCCCUCACCACAGUCAGACCACGCCUGGACCAAGUGAAGUCCAAAGAAAAAAACAAAACCAGCAGAACCACAAAAAUACUGCACCAGCGGAAGAAAGCAGGAAAGGAAAACAAACAUUUGCAUGAAUGUAAUUUUAACUGAAUAAACACCUGAAAUGUUGUGCUCCUCCUGAAUAUGGCAACAAAACGGCACAAACUCAUUUCAAACACAACUUUAUUGACCAAUGACAUUCUGCUUCACUUCCUUUUGAACCUGAAAGACACCAGGGGGCGAUAUGUUAGUCCACCAGCAACUGUGUCUUCCUUGGCAAGCCAACAUACCUGCUGCCGCCGCGCUUCCUGUCCAGUCCCAGACGCUUCCUGUCCAUGAAGGACGGCCUGAUGG